CUCCAAUCCCAUCUGGGAGUUCAGAUGGGGCUCUUGGCAGCACUGGUCGCUCUGCUCUGCAUCUAUGCUCCAGCGUGGGGAGCUGAAGGAUGCAGCACUUUUAGACACCUGGAGAACGGGCAGACGUUUUUUCGUUACGGUGGACUGCUGGUGAUCUUCCGCUGUCAUCCUGGCUACAAGCUCCAUGGAUACAAAACCAACAGCUGUGUGUCUGGGCGCUGGUCCCGGGACACCCCAGUCUGUGUCGGCUCCGGCUGCUCCAACCCAGGGCGGCUUACCCACGGGACGAGCAGCAUGAAUGAGGACGGCUCCUGGGCAGUGUUCAGCUGUGAUAGUGGCUUUCGGCUACACGGGCCCUCAAUGUUAUACUGUAAGGGCCUCACCUGGAACAGCACAGAGCCUGUAUGCAAAGAGUACGACAUGAUGAGCUCGGUCUCAGGUGUCAAUGUGCAAAAGCCAAACAUACACCAGAACCUCCAGGCUGCUGUAAUUCUGAAGACCCAGCAACAAUCCCACUACAACACCCUCGCUAAUACCGCUUCCAAAGAAGUGAACCUCAAAUUUGGCUUGCUGUCUAACACAGCAUCCGAAAUGUCCAACAGGGAGAGGAUUAAAGUGACUGUCCCAAAAGUCCACCAGCAGCAGCAUGUUCAGUUUCCCAAUUUUAAAGUCAAAGAUGGAGUCCAAUCAACUCAUCAUGAAGAAACAGGAACUGGGAGGCAUGACUUGGAGGCAGAAAAGGUGGACAAAGUUGCCUCUAAAUCACAUUGGUCUACUACUGUCUCAUCUGCCUUAUCAUUAGUGUCAGGAACAGAACAAUCAACAUCCUCACCAACAUCAUUUUCAACAGCCCAUACACCAGCUAUGGCUGCUGUCUCAAAUACUGUGAUGUUUGUGCCAACUUCCCCACUCCACCACAUGAAAUCUGCACUUCCUGUGUCUGGCAGGGAAAAAGUGCUCAAGUUUGGAGAACUUGUCACUUCCCGGGAUGACGCGACUCUCUCUGUAGUAGUAACAGGCUCUUCACAAACUGCAGAUGAAGACCAACAGGCUGAAACUGUCUUCCAGUAUCCUCCUUUGUCUCAGCCUGGGUCUGUAGAUAAAAGGGAGCCCACCGAGACUUCAACAACUUUAUCUUCUUCUGUUAAUUUAAUUUCUGACAGUUCUACCUCCACUUCAUCACCUGCUUCCUCCUUAUCAGCCCCCCUUCCCUCCUAUUCUGCCUCAACUUCCUUAAAUUCCAGCUCCUCUCAGUCCAAUAUGAAAACACAGCUGCCUUAUGUUCCUUCAAACACCUUUACCACCAGUGAGCCAAGAUCUCACCGGACUGAAAACCACAACGCCACCUUCAAACCACCUCUGCUGUCUCUGAGCCUGAGCAGACGACCCAUAUGCACAUACCCGCCUGUGCCCGCUCACGGGACCUUCUACUUUCGUAAUGUAGAGAAUCCAGGUCCCAGAGAGAACAGACAUUACAUACAGUAUGCCUGCUACCCUGGCUAUACGCUGGCUCAUGGAGACAUACACAGCUACUGCCAGCAUGGGGGCGCCUGGAGUGGAAUCACACCUGUUUGUCUGGAGUUGACACCUUGUUCAGUUAACAACGGAGGCUGUUCCCAGCUGUGCUCUCACUCCCAGCACUACAACCAGAGCUCCAACCAGACCCAAACCAGAACUCAAUGCCACUGUAGAGCUGGAUUCACUCUGCUGGAUGAUGGGCAGACGUGUCGAGAUUUAGAUGAGUGUGUGGAGGGGCAACACCAGUGUCAGCAGAAAUGCAUCAACACAUUUGGUUCCUUCAAGUGCAGCUGUGAUGAUGGCUAUCAACCAGCUCAUCAGCAGACCUCCUGCACAGAUGUGGAUGAGUGCCUGCUGCCAGCAGCUGUAACAGGCUGUGUGUUUGGCUGUGUUAACACCCCUGGGAGCUUCUACUGCCAAUGUCCUGUUGGCUACAGCCUUCAGACUGCAGACAGCCACUGCCAAGAUAUAGAUGAGUGUGCUGUUAAUCAGGGGCUCGGGCCGUGUACGGAGCAGUGCCACAACUCCCCAGGAUCCUACCGAUGCUCCUGCUCGUAUGGGCACAUCUUAGCCGGAAACGGACACAGCUGCAUCGCCGAGUGUCCACCUGGAUACAGGAAGGAACCAAUAACAAUACCACCUGAGAAUCCAACUGCACAAACUCUUAGGGAGGAGUGUGUAGAUAUAAAUGAGUGCCAGGAAGAGACCUGUGAGUGGCAGUGUGUGAACCUGCCAGGCUCUCACCGCUGCAUCUGCCCCAGAGGAUACACACUCCACAAAGAUGGCCAACGCUGCAAAGACAUUAAUCAGUGCAGCCGGAAGAAUGGAGGGUGUUCCCACCUGUGUGUGAACCAAAGAGGUGGCUAUAAAUGUGUCUGCCCAGCCUCUCAUCGUCUCUCACCCUACAGCUGGAAGAAAUGUGUGCCAAGAACAACAGCGAACACUGCUAUCUAAACAUAUGAGCUGCCUGUCCAAGUUGUUAUGAGCAAUAGAUUUCAGCUGGUUCUUCUUUAAAACUAGCCUAUUUUCCUAUUGAUUCAGAAAUGACAUGACUUAAUUAUUAAAUUAUCCAUUUUAAUUGUUGUUUUUAAAUUGUG